CUACAGAAUUGGGCUAACCCAGGAGUUUUUCAAGUAAUCAGCGAUAUUUGGCUAACGGGAAAUUAGUACUAUGUUGCAAGCAUCAUAAGUGAUUUUCUCGUUAAGGUGGAGGACAGAAGUUAGCGGUCUUCUGUUGAUCGGUUUCUGCUCUCUAAGCGAACUCCGCCGGUUGUCAAAACUUCCUCCUGCAUCAGCGUCGGAAAGAACAGGUGGCGCUAUGAGCAGACGGGUCUCCCAGGCUGCUGUCCCCAGAGUGACCCGCAGCUCCACCUCUCAGGCCAGGCAGAGGCAGCUAGGCGAGCCCCAGGACACAGGCGCGGCCCUGCCGAGAGGGAGGCCCUCAGACUCCGCCCUGGCCCAGGACCUCAGUCUGAUGAGCAUGAGCGAGCAGAAGGCCACAUCGUCACGGAGAGGGAGGCCGGCAAAGGCCCCCGCACACAGGCCGCCCCCCCGGGCCCCGGCCACCCCGCGGGGGGGUCUGCACACCGUGGCGAGGAUGAUGAAGGCGGGGCGCUGCAGGAACGUGCUGGUGGUGGCGGGAGCCGGGAUCAGCACCGGCAGCGGCAUCCCAGACUUCCGGACACCUGGGACGGGACUGUACGCCAAUCUGGAGAAGUACAACAUCCCGUACCCCGAGGCCAUCUUCAACAUCGACUUCUUCUCCAGCGACCCGCGGCCCUUCCUGUCACUUGCCAAGGAGCUGUACCCCGGCCGGCACCGGCCCAACUACAUCCACUACUUCAUCCGCAUGUUGCACCACAAGGGCCUGCUGCUGCGGGUCUACACCCAGAACAUCGACGGGCUGGAACAGAUGUGUGGAAUCCCAGAGGAGAAGCUGGUGGAGGCUCAUGGGAGUUUUGCGUCUGCUUCCUGUCACCUGUGCUACACGCCGUUCCCAGCGCAGGAAGCCAAGAAAGCCAUAAUGAACGACAGCGUUCCCACAUGUGGCUUCUGCCAGGCCACGGUGAAACCCGACGUCGUGUUUUUCGGAGAGGAUCUCCCUCAGAAGUACUUCCUGCAUUCCAAAGACUUUCCCAAAGCCGACCUUCUCAUCAUAAUGGGGACGUCUCUGCAGAUCGAGCCGUUUGCCAGCCUGGUGGACUCGGUGCGGCCCGGCGUUCCUCGGCUGCUGCUGAACCGGGACGCUGUGGGCCCGUUCCUGCGAGCGCCGCGCCGCCGGGGCGACUACAUGGAGCUGGGAGACCUGGGGCUGACCGUCAGGACGCUCGCGCAGACGCUGGGCUGGCACAGCGACAUCCAGGGCCUCAUGGCGGCCCAGGAACACGCGUCCGCAACCCCAUGGCCAGACACCCUUCCCUCCGUGAUUGGCCAGGAGAUAGCCAAUGUUUCUGCUACGAGAGGAACCAUGGAGUCCGGCCCUGGGGCUCCAGAGCCAAUCAGCAGUGAGGAGAGUGAUGAAUCAGAGACAGACAGGGGGAGCACAUGCUCUGGGCCCAGUAACUGACCCCUGACCUCUCACCGCCUCGUCCAGGAAAUAGCGCUACCACUUACGUAUCCGUAAUGUUGCUGAAAUGAUCUAUUCCUAGCAAUAAUAUCUGUGCUAUUUUAGUAGUGUACUUUUAUCCGUAAUUGGAUUUUGUGUUGAGAAUGUUCUGCUCAAUGCAAAUGAGUUAAGCACUUAUAUUUAGUUAUUUUUUGUUAGGCCCUUUUCUUGGAACCAUUUUCACCAGAUCAGUGAAGGUCCUCAUUCUUCUGUCUGUCUUACUAUUCCACUGGUAUAGAUGUGGUUAGAUAUGAGCUGCUGGGAUUCUGGGAUGUUCACUGCCUGACCUCAGUGUCUCUCGUAGACUCGUAUGGCUGCUAAAAUAACCUCACCAGUUAUGCAAACACCCCUGAGCUGGUGGGGUGUUGGGGUAUUUGCGGCUGUCAGGCGCUGAGGGGCAAAUGGGAGGCAGCAGCUCAGCGGGCGGAGCAGACAGGACCGCAUUAGCAUGGAAAACACAGUCCUGCCGAGACCGCGAGGCCUCUCUCCGCGUUUCACAGGCCCCGCGGUCACAAAGGGGGCGCCCCUCCAAAACUCUAAUAAAUGUUCCUGCCUCGCAACAAAAGAAGCCAAUAUCCUGCCGGGGGAGCGGGCUGUGAGGAGUUUGCUUUGAGGGAGGCCGGGCCGGCAGCUUUGGCACAGUUUGCCGAACGCUCCGCCGAGGCCACGCACCGCUUCCUGAGGGUCACGCUGUCCGACAGCGGAAUCUGCAACACGGCCAGACAUUUUAAGAUUGUAUG